AAAAGAAUAGAGCACUGAUUGAUUAUAUACUAACAAAUAGAAUAAACUAACCCACUUGCAAAUAAUUUAUUCAUUUUAAAUAUCCUUUUUGAAUUCAUUUCUGCACUUUCACCAUGUGAAUCAACUUGGAUAAUAUGAUAUUAUAACUUUGUAUAUUUGGGAAGACCCAACACAAAAUAGUUCAUAUCAGAAAAUAGCUCACUAGUAAUAGCUCACUUUACUGCAUAGAGUCAGCUGCACUUUGCAUUUGCAAUCUUUCUUUUUGUGCCAUUAUGGCAGUUGAAUUUGUUGGUGGUGCUCUUCUUUCCGCUUUCCUUCAAGUCACAUUCGAAAAGCUUGCUUCUGCUGAAAUCGGAGACUACUUUCGAAGAACAAAACUCAAUCACAAUCUUCUAAAGAAACUCAACAUCACACUUCUCUCCAUCGAUGCUGUGGUCGAUGAUGCAGAACUGAAGCAGAUCAGAAAUCCAAACGUGAGAGCAUGGCUUGAUGCUGUCAAAGAUGCUGUGUUAGAUGCAGAGGAUCUCUUGGAAGAAAUUGACUUUGAGGUUUCCAAAUCUAAGCUGGAAGCUGAAUCUCAAUCUACUACUAACAAGGUAUGGAACUUCUUCAAUGCUUCUUCCAGUUCGUUUGACAAAGAAAUUGAAACAAAGAUGCAAGAAGUACUUGAUAACCUAGAAUAUCUUUCUAGCAAAAAGGAUAUACUAGAUUUGAAAAAGUCUACCAGUAGUUUUGAUGUUGGAUCUGGUAGCCAAGUGUCACAAAAAUUGCCAUCAACAUCUUUGCCUGUUGAUUCUAUUAUCUAUGGCAGAGAUGUUGAUAAGGAGGUUAUCUAUGAUUGGCUAAAAUCUGACCCUGACAAUGCAAACCAUCAACUUUCAAUAGUCUCUAUAGUUGGUAUGGGCGGGAUGGGUAAGACCACGCUAGCCCAACAUCUAUACAAUGACCCAAAGAUGAAGGAAACAUUUGAUGUCAAAGCUUGGGUCUGUGUGUCAGAAGAAUUUGAUGUUUUCAAGGUAACAAGAUCAAUUCUUGAGGGUAUCACUGGAUCAACUGAUGAUAGCAGAGACCUAAAUAUGGUUCAAGAAAGGUUGAAGGAAAAAUUGACAGGGAAGAUAUUUCUUCUUGUUUUAGAUGACCUUUGGAACGAAAAACGUGACAAAUGGAUGACUUUGCAAACUCCUUUUAAUUAUGCGGCACAUGGAAGCAAAAUUCUUGUCACUACCCGUAGUGAGAAAGUUGCCUCAAUCAUGCGAUCAAAUAAAAUGCUUCAACUUGAUCAAUUAGAAGAAGAACACUGCUGGAAGUUGUUUGCUAAACACGCGUGCCAAGAUGAAGAUCCUCAACUUAAUCAUGAGUUUAAGGACAUUGCUAAAAGGAUAAUUACAAAAUGCCAAGGAUUGCCUCUAGCUUUGAAAACAAUUGGAAGCCUCUUGUACACAAAAUCAUCUUUGGUGGAAUGGAAAAUAAUAUUGUCAAGCAAGAUAUGGGAUUUACCAGAGGAGGAGAACAACAUCAUCCCUGCUUUAAUGUUGAGCUAUCAUCACCUUCCUUCUCAUCUCAAGAGAUGUUUUGCUUAUUGUGCCUUAUUCCCCAAAAAUUAUGUGUUUAAAAAGGAGCAUUUAAUUUUAUUAUGGAUGGCUGAAAAUUUUCUACAAUGCUCUCGACAGAGUAUGAGUAUGGAAGAAGUUGGGGAACAGUACUUCAAUGAUCUAUUUUCGAGGUCAUUUUUUCAGCAAUCAAGGCGGUAUAAAAUGCAAUUUAUAAUGCAUGACCUUCUCAAUGAUUUGGCAAAAUGUGUAAGUGGGGAUUUUUCCUUUACAUUUGAAGCUGAGGAAUCGAAUAAUUUGUUGAACACGACUCGCCAUUUUUCAUUUACAAAAAAUCCGUGUAAAGGUUCCAAAAUAUUUGAGACCUUACACAAUGCUUAUAAAUCGCGCACAUUCCUACCAUUAGAUAUGACAUCCUAUGGUAUUCCAUCUCAAUACCGGAUAUCUAGCACAGUGAUGCAAGAGUUGUUCUCAAAGUUUAAGUUCUUUCGUGUCUUGUCGUUCUCUAGUUGCUCCUUUGAGAAGGAGUUGCCUGAUACCAUAGGCAAUCUUAAACAUCUCCGUUAUCUAGACCUUUCUGGUAAUUAUAGCAUAAAAAAGCUACCUGAUUCAGUGUGUUAUCUUUACAACUUGCAAACACUGAAGUUGAGGCAUUGUUGGGGUUUGGAAGAGUUGCCCUUGAAUUUGCAUAAACUCACUAAUUUGCGUUAUCUUGAUUUUAGUGGAACUAAAGUGAGAAAAAUGCCAACGGCUAUGGGGAAACUAAAACAUCUUCAAGUGUUGAGUUCGUUUUAUGUGGACAAAGGUAGCGAGGCCAAUAUUCAACAGUUAGGAGAACUCAAUCUUCAUGAAACACUAUCAAUUUUAGCGUUGCAAAACAUUGACAAUCCCUCUGAUGCAUCUGCAGCAAAUUUAAUAAAUAAAGUACAUCUUGUGAAGCUAGAGUUAGAAUGGAAUGCAAAUAGUGAUAAUUCAGAGAAAGAAAGGGUAGUGCUUGAGAAGCUACAACCUUCCAAACACUUGAAGGAGUUAUCUAUCCGGAGCUAUGGUGGUACACAAUUUCCAAGCUGGUUUGGAGAUAAUUCAUUAUCAAAUGUGGUGUCCUUAAAGUUGAGCAGUUGUAAAAACUGUGUGUUGUUGCCCCCACUUGGAAUUUUGCCAUCUCUCAAAGAACUGGAGAUCGAAGAGCUAUCUGGGCUAGUGGUUAUUGGUAGUGAGUUUUAUGGGAAUGGGAGUGGUUCUUCUUCUGUUAUUAUUCCAUUUGCUUCUUUGCAAACCUUACAAUUCAAGGAUAUGGGGGAAUGGGAAGAAUGGGAUUGUAAAAUAGUGUCGGGUGCUUUUCCAUGUCUCCAAGCACUUUCUAUAGACAAUUGUCCAAAUUUAAAAGAGUGUUUGCCUGUGAACCUUCCCAGUUUAACGAAACUUCGAAUUUAUUUUUGUGCACGGCUUACUUCUUCUGUGUCAUGGGGCACAUCCAUUCAGGACUUACAUAUAACUAAUUGUGGAAAGCUGCAAUUUGAUAAACAGCUAACUAGUUUGAAAUUUCUCAGUAUUGGUGGACGAUGCAUGGAGGGAUCGUUGCUUGAAUGGAUUGGGUACACCUUACCACAUACCUCUAUCCUGUCAAUGGAAAUUGUUGAUUGCCCAUCUAUGAACAUUAUCCUAGACUGUUGCUACAGUUUCCUUCAAACUUUGAUCAUCAUCGGUAGUUGUGACUCUCUAAGGACCUUUCCACUGAGUUUCUUCAAAAAACUUGAUUAUAUGGUAUUCCGAGGGUGUAGGAAUCUUGAACUGAUUACACAGGACUAUAAGCUUGAUUAUAGCCUUGUGUAUAUGUCAAUUACAGAAUGCCCAAAUUUUGUAUCUUUUCCCGAGGGAGGAUUCUCUGCACCCAGUCUGAAGAAUUUUGAUAUUUGUAGAUUGCAGAAUUUAAAAUCAUUGCCAGAAUGUAUGCACACUCUCUUUCCAUCUCUUACAAGCCUAACUAUUGACGAUUGUCCACAAUUGGAGGUGUUCUCUAAUGGAGGUUUGCCACCAAGCCUAAAAUCCAUGGUACUCUACGGAUGCUCCAAUCUUCUUCUGUCCUCACUGAAAUGGGCUUUGGGAAUCAACACUUCUCUAAAACGUCUGCAUAUUGGAAAUGUGGAUGUGGAGUCUUUUCCCGAUCAAGGGUUGCUUCCACGCUCUCUUACUUCUCUCAGGAUUGAUGAUUGUGUAAAUCUUAAAAAACUGGACCACAAAGGUCUCUGCCACCUCUCCUCUCUUGAAGAUUUGAUUCUUAGUGGUUGCCCCAGCCUUCAAUGCUUACCAGUGGAGGGACUGCCUAAAACCAUUUCAGCUCUACAAGUUACGGAUUGUUUGUUGCUUAAACAGCGAUGCAUGAAACCUAAUGGUGAAGAUUGGGGGAAGAUUUCUCACAUUCAAUGUGUGGAUCUCAAAGAUGAUUUUUCCUUUGAACCGCAUUUUUUGAAGUACCUUUAGGUACCUUUACGACUGCUUUUCUAUUGUAAGCUGGCCAUGUGGUUAUAUAUAGGGUCACCCCCUCCUUUUGCAGAUUAGGUUUUAAUUGGUUUAAAUUUGUAUGAACUAGUUAAAGCUCUAGUGAAGUAGAUUUGAUUCCUUUGUGUAUCUUUUCUUUGCUAUCAAUAAAAUCGAGGGACAAAUCAUUUUCUUUCCUUUACCUUGUAACAAGGAACCUAUCAAGGUACAAUCUUGGACAAAUACAAUCUUGUUUAUUGGAAA